AUGAAUGCCAGGCCUGGUGAUUUCCAGGAGCACCUGGAAGCUACUGCCAAGGACAAAAGUCUCACUCUUGCUGGUUUGGACAUGGAUUUUUUGGUGGCCAUCAAGCAAGUGUCCCGGGAGCGCAUCUCGCAGUGGACGUGGCUGGGCGCCCUUGUGCCCCUGGAGCUGGCGCUGCUGUGGAAGGUGUCGCGGCCUGGCUUCCGCGGCAUCGUGCAGCUCCUGGACUGGUUUGAGGUGCCCGAGGGCUUCGCACUGCUCAUGGAGGGUCCGCAGCUCUGUCAGGACCUCUGGUACUUCCUGCACGAGUGGCGGUUCCUGACGGAGCCCGUGGUGGAGGGGCUGUUCUGCCAGGUGCUGGAGGCCGUGCGGCGCUGCAGCAGCCGUGGUGUCCUGCACCACCACAUCAAGGCUGAGAACACCCUUGUCCACGUGGCCACGGGCAAGGCAGAGAUCAUCGACUUUGGGUGCGGCAUGAUCCUCCAGGACACGUUCUACACCCGGAUGUCAGGAACACCGGAGUACAGCCCACCGGAGUGGAUCCUCUUUGACUGCUACCAUGGCCAGCCAGCCACCAUCUGGUCCCUGGGCAUCCUGCUCUAUGAGCUGGUCUGCGGGCACCUUCCAUUCCACAGAAACGAGGACAUUGUCCGGGACCAGCUCUUCUUCCUGGCACGGGUGUCUCAAGAGUGCCAGCACCUCAUCAGGUGGUGUUUAUGUGUGGACCCCACAGACAGGCCAUCACUGGAGGACCUUUUUGAGCAUUCUUGGCUGCAGGAGCUGUGCCUGGCCCAGAAGACAGCAGAAAUGCAUCCCGUGCACAGUAGGAUCCAGGAGCCCAGCAAGUAG